AUGUUUUCGUUAUUUUUACCACCGGAAGAAGUUUCGGAUACUGAACAAAAAUUUCGUAAUGUAUUAAAUUUUAUGUUUCGUCUAAUUGUAGCAUCUGUAUUCAGUUAUCAAUGCUUUACAUUUUUAUUUUCACCACUUUGGAUGCAUGGAUAUAUUUGGGCUCUAAAUCAGGCAAAUGACAAGGAAAUGAAUCGUAAAGGAGCUGGAGCAAUAAAUGCGAUACAAUUGCAAGCAUCAAGUUUCAGAGAACGAAUCUGUUUAUCAAUAUCACUUGUCCUAUUAGUUUGGCUUUUAAUGCUUGGAUUUCGGAAUAAACAUCGUUCGGUAUGGUAUCUGCUAAAGCUAUCCGCAUGUAUCAGUUAUGUUGGUGGAAUGGUCAGAUGUUUACAGAUGAAGCAACGUCUUUUUUCGUUAUUCCACGAAGGCUUCUAUCUUUUUUUUGUUGUAUUUUUUAUCGGUAAUUUUGAUUUUUAUCAUCCACUAUUAGCAUCUUUAUGCUAUUACUGUAAGCUAUUUGAAUAA